AUGGCACCCCAGGAGAACCAAAUUGUUGUCGGCACAAAGCGAGGAGACACAACUAUCAACGUCCAGAAACUUUUGGAAAAGCCAUGGUACAAAUACAAGCACCUCAGAAAGCUCUAUGGAUGGCUCUGCGUCGUGCUCAUCGUACAGGCCACGAAUGGUCUUGACGGCUCGAUCAUGAAUGGCAUGCAGACUUUGACAUAUUGGCAAUCCUAUUUCCACCAUCCGACGGGUGCUCAGCUUGGCAUCUUCAAUGGUACCCAGGGUCUCGGCGGUGUCGUUUCGCAGUUCUUUCUGUGGUGGCUGGUCGAGAAGAUUGGUCGCAAGCUGAUCAUCAUAUCUGGAGCCGUCAUAAUCAUCAUCGGCGUCUUUCUGCAAUCCUUCGCACGAGGAAUUGCCAUGUUUGCCGUGGCUCGCUGUGUCAUUGGGCUCGGCCUCAGCUUCGAAUACACGGCCGCGCCUAUGCUUGUCUCAGAGCUUUCGCAUCCAACUCACCGUGCCCAGUUGUCGACGUUACUCAACACUUUGUAUUACUUUGGUGCCGCUAUUGCUGCUUGGGUCACAUUGGGAACCCUUUCCAUUGAGAGCGACUGGAGCUGGCGCAGCGUCUCAUUGAUUCAGAUGUUCCCCUCCUUGAUCUCUGUCAGCCUUACCUGGUUCGUACCCGAGAGCCCCCGCUGGCUCUGUUCUCGCGGCCGAAACGAAGAAGCAUUCAAGACUCUUGUUGACUGGCACUGCGGUGGCAACGAGGCCGAUCCACUUGCUACUUUCGAGUACAAUGAGAUCGUGCAGACCCUCGCUUUCGAGAAGGAGAAUGGUAGCAGAAGCUGGCUCGACCUCGUCCGUACGCCCGGUAACCGCCACCGUACGUGGAUCGUCGUGAGCUGCUCGAUUCUUAGCCAGGCCACCGGACAAACCAUUAUCGGCUAUUACCUCGUCUUGAUUCUGACCGGAAUCGGCAUCACCAAUCCCCGCCACCAGUCUAUCAUCAAUGGUUGCUUGACAAUGUGGAACAUGGGAUGGGCAUUCUGGGGCGCAUACGUGAUUGACAAAUUCGGCCGUCGGCCCAUGCUUUUGACCUCCCUCAGCGGCAUGCUCCUUUGCGGAUUCUUACCGUGGACGAUCUGCAGCGCGUUAUACGUCCAGGAUGGAGUCACGAAUGCCGGUCCCGCAGUCAUCGCAUUCAUCUUCAUCUUCAACGCCUUCUAUGCCACGACUUGGAAUGGUAUCUUGACUGGAUACACCGUCGAAGUUAUGAGCUACGAUAUCCGACCGAAGCUUAUCUGCACGCAGAACUUGCUUGUUCAAGCGACCAUCACCGGAUUCAACUACUUGAACCCCGUGGCCUUGAAGAACAUCGGCUGGAAAUACUACCUAAUAAUAAACAUCAUUAUCCUCAUCGCUCUGGUGGUAGUGUACUUCACGUACCCUGAGACCUCUAAGAUCACGCUCGAGGAAGUCAGCGUCAUCUUUGACGGCAAGAACGCGGUGAAGAACGAUAUCCUCCAAAAACAGGCGAUCAAUGCUGGUGACGAGGACGCUGUGGGAAGGGACGACAAGAAGGGCGCUGUGGAGAUUAUUGAGCGUGAGCACAUAGAAGUGAAAGAGUAA